AUGGAAGUGGCCGCUGCUUUGCGCUUCUCUGUGCCCCGCUCCCUUCUGUCCUUCAUGUUCAUCAGCUGCUUGGGCCUGCUCUCAGCCCCGUUUACUGUCGUGGGGCCAGCUGACCCUGUCCUGGCCAUGGUGGGAGAAGAUACCAUGUUCCGCUGCCACCUGUCCCCCGAGAAGGACGCAGAGCACAUGGAGGUGCGCUGGUUCCGUGCUCAGUUCUCCCCGGCAGUGCUUGUGUAUAAGGGUGGACAGGAGAGGACCGAGGAGCAGAUGGAGGAGUACCGGGGAAGAACCACCUUGGUGAGCGACCACAUCAACACGGGGAGUGUGGUGCUUGUCAUACACAACGUCACAGCCCACGACAAUGGCAUCUACCACUGUUACUUCCAAGAAGGCAGAUCCUACGACGAGGCCAUCCUGCGCCUGAUGGUGGCAGGCCUGGGCUCUAAGCCGCUCAUUGAAAUGAAGGGCCAGGAGGAUGGAGGCGUGCGGCUGGAAUGCACGUCCGGAGGAUGGUACCCGGAGCCCCACGUGGUAUGGAGGGACCCUCACGGUACGAUCAUGCCGGUGCUGGAGGAGGCUUACACGGUGGACACAGAAGGCCUCUUCAUGGUCACCACGGCCGUGGUCAUCAGGGACUGCUCGGUGAGGAACGCGUCCUGCUCUGUGGUCAACACCCUGCUUGGCCAGGAGAAGGAAACCAUCAUUUUCAUCCCAGAAUCCUUUGCUCCCAGCAUGUUUCCCUGGACGGCGGGCCUCGCUGUCCUCCUGCCUUCUCUGCUUCUUUUCAUCACCGGGAGCAUCUGUCUCAUCAGGAAACUCCACAGGGGAAAAGAGGUUGAAAAAGAAGAGAAAGAAAUUGCAUGUAAGAAACUGGAGACAGACCAGAUGGAAAAAGAGAAAGAACGUCAAAUAAGAGAGCAACUUGAAGAAGAACUACGAUGGAGAAGAACCUUGCUACAUGCCGCCGAUGUGGUCCUGGAUCCGGACACCGCUCAUCCUGAGCUCUUCCUGACGGAGGACCGGAGAAGUGUGAGACGAGGCCCCUUCAGACAGAGUGUCCCUAACAACCCGGAGAGAUUCGACUGCCGGCCUUGCGUGCUGGGCCUGGAGAGCUUCUCCUCAGGAAGGCAUUACUGGGAGGUGGAGGUUGAAAACGUGAUGGUGUGGGCUGUGGGGGUUUGCAGAGACAGUGUUGAGAGGAAAGGGGAGGCCCUACUGGUCCCCCAGAAUGGCUUCUGGACCCUGGAGAUGUUUGGAAACCAGUACCGGGCCCUUUCUUCCCCUGAGAAGAUUCUCCCCCUGAAAGAGCGUCUUCGCCGGGUGGGCAUCUUUCUGGACUAUGAAGCCGGAGAUAUCUCCUUCUAUAACAUGAGGGACAGAUCACACAUCUACACAUGUCCCCGUUCACCCUUUUCUGGGCCCCUAAGGCCCUUCUUCAGGCUGGGGUCUGAUGACAGCCCCCUCUUCAUCUGCCCAGCCUUCACGGGGGCACGGGGGGUCCUGGUGCCAGAGGGCGGCUUGAUUCUCCAUAGGAUGGGGACCCAUCGUCGCAGCCACCGUGAAGAGUUUCCUGGCCUCAGAGCCAAGUAG